ACUGCAACUUCCCACGUACUCCGGAUGAGUUGUCUCAGGCGAGACACAUUAUCAUCAGGGCAGCACAGGAAGAUGUUUAUGCAAAAGAACUCGCAGUUCUUGAGCAUGGACAAGCUGUAACCAAGGACAGUUCUCUUCACAAGCUCAGACCUGUUCUUGAAGGUAAUCUGAUUUGUGUUGGUGGCAGAUUAAAGCACGCUGACUUGAGCACUCAGGAAAAAAACCCCAUCAUCUUGCCCAAGACCAGCCACAUUUCUCUGCUGUUGGUGCGACAGUAUCAUGAAGAGGUAAAGCAUCAAGGCCGCCACUUCACAGAAGGGGCCCUGAGAGCAGCGGGCUUCUGGAUCAUAGGUGGAAAACGACUUAUUGCCUCUGUCUUGCACAAAUGUGUAGUGUGUCGAAAGUUACGUCGAAGAACAGAGGAACAACUUAUGGCAGACUUGCCUCCAGAACGCUUGCACACAUGUCCACCCUUCACCUAUGUAGGAGUGGAUGUGUUCGGACCAUGGCAAAUCGUCUCCAGGCGAACAAGAGGUGGACAGGCCCAAAGCAAAAGAUGGGCGAUGCUCUUCUGCUGUAUGAGCUCCCGAGCCGUGCACAUCGAGAUCAUCGACUCCCUAGACACGUCAAGUUGCAUCAAUGCAUUGAGACGGUUCUUUGCCAUACGAGGACCUGCAAAGCAGAUUAGAUCGGACUGCGGAACAAACUUUGUGGCCGCUGCAAAGGAACUGGGAUUAAGCCAACAACAACCUGACUUCAAAGUGCAGAACUUCUUGAGUCAACAAGGGUGCUCAUGGAUAUUUAAUCCUCCUCAUGCGUCCCAUAUGGGUGGAUCAUGGGAACGUAUGAUAGGCCUAUCAAGAAGGAUCCUGGAUGCAAUCCUGAUUCAAGAGAACAUUCAACUUACCCACGAUGUCCUGUGCACACUCAUGAUGGAAGUAACUGCGAUAAUCAAUGGCAGGCCUCUUGUUCCAGUCUCCACCGACCCAGAGUCACCGUUCAUAUUGUCUCCUUCAAUGAUACUUACCCAGAAGGUUGGGGUUGCCCCACCGCACAGAGAUUUCACAGACAAGGAUCUUCUCAGCAGACAAUGGAAACAAGUCCAAGCUCUCGCUGACAGAUUCUGGCGUCGCUGGCGUCAGGAGUUCCUCCCCACCCUGCAAGUCCGCCAGAAAUGGAGAGAUUCUCAACGGGACCUAAAAGAAGGGGACAUUGUGCUCCUGAAGGACAGUCAAGCUGCACGUAACACAUGGCCUAUGGCAAGGAUCACAGCUGUCUUCCCUGGGAGAGACAGUAAAAUAAGGAAGGUGGAGCUCAGGACAUCAAAUCAAGGUUCUGAGAGAGUGUUCUUGAGACCAGUGUCAGAAGUAGUUCUUCUUCUGCCCAAUGACUGAAUGUUCAUUUGGUAAUUAAUAGUGACCUUUUAGGUCAGACGGGGAGUGUUCUGCCCUUCAGGCAUUUAAGUUUAAUAAGUUUAAAGUUUAUGCUUUUAAUUUGGUAUACUUUCAGUUUCAUGCAGACUCUUAUUUUGACGUUUGUUUACUGAGCAAAACCGGAAGUAAAAAAAAACCGCAUGAAAGAACGCAAUAGAAACGGUAGACUGGAUAAAAAAUGAAAACAGUCAUUUCUUCAGAGAAGAUUCAUCCUGCAUGUUGAUUCCCCAGCAGAAGCAUCGCUUUUUCACUCUCUCGUUUUUCAUCAGUCAUCUCAUAUGUAUGGAUUCAGUUCAAUGUGAAGAAAAUAAAUCUACAUAAAAAGAA